GCGGCGCCCCCCGGAGCCUCGGGGCGGUGCCGGGGCUGAGGAGAGCGGCGGCUGCCGCGGGCACGCAGGCGGAAGGGGCCGGGAGUAGCGCGGGGCCCCUCCCCGGCAGCAGCGGCCUGGAGCGGCGCGGUUGUGGCGUGAUACAGGAUGCUGUUUGCCUUGGUGCUGUGUGCAGUUGUGCUAGCAGGGAGCAGUAAAGUUCAAGACGAUGAAUGGAUUGACCCCACGGAUAUGCUCAACUACGAUGCAGCAUCAGGAAAAAUGAGACCUUACAAGGCAAACUACCACAACUCUGAGGAUGAGACUGGCAAUUCAGUCAGUACUGAGAUAUCGAGUUGCUCCAGGGCAGUAGACUCUUUGCAACAGAAGGUUGCAGACUGUGAGAAGAGGAUUGCCAAAUCCCAUGAAAGCAGAAGCUUUUAUAUUUUUAAGCGGUACUUAAAUAAGAUUUUAAAUGAAGCUGGAAAACUUGGCCUGCCUGAGGAAAACGUGGACCAUGUCCAUUAUGAUGCUGAGAUCAUCCUUACAAAACAGACGUAUUUGGAGAUCCUCCGGUUUCUGCAGGAGGAAACGUGGCAGUCGGGUGCUGUAGAUGAUGCACUUAGUGACAUUUUGAUCAAUUUUAAGAACCAUGAUUAUAAAGCUUGGCACUGGAGAUUUGAAGACACUUUUGGAAUAGAGCUAUAUAAUAUGUUUCUGAUACUGUUGUGCUUAGUGUGUAUUGUGACUGUAAUAGCUACAGAGCUCUGGACACGUAUUCAUUGGUUUGUUCAGCUGAAACGAGUACUAUUAAUAAGUUUCCUCAUCAGUUUUGCAUGGAAUUGGCUUUAUUUGUAUAAGCUGGCCUUUGCACAACACCAAGCAGAAAUCGCAAAAAUGGGGCAGUUUGAUAAUGUCUGUGCUGAGAAGCUCAACUGGAAGGAAAGUCUGAUUGGCCUUUGGAGGAGACCUGAUCACAAAACUGUGCUAGGAGCAUGUCAUGGUGUUACUUCUUUUCCUUAUAACUUAGACCAAUGGCUCAGAAGUAAAUGGACCUUUCAGGACGAUCCUUGUCAGAAGUACUAUGAAACUCUACUCGUCAAUCCCGUUUUGCUGGUUCCACCCACCAAGGCACUGGCAAUUACUUUCACCAACUUUGUAACAGAGCCUUUGAAGCACGUAGGACAAGGUAUUGGUGAAUUCAUCAAAGCAGUUAUGAAGGAGAUCCCUUUUUUCCUGCAGAUUCCAGUGCUAAUUAUUAUGGCUCUGGCUGUCCUGGUUUUCUGCUAUGGCGCAGGAUCAUCAGUAUCUAUGUUAAGAUACUUAACAUCUUCUCAGAAGAGAAGUCCUCUUCCACCUGACCAUCAACAGGACAAGAUAGACUUUGGGCAGUACGAUGGGAGCAAAGGAGAUGGCUGUUAUUCGAAGAAGCCUCUUUAUGUUUCUAGAGGACCUUGUGACAGGGAAGACACUUCUCUGAGACCAGAAAAUGGAAGAAGUCCUGAUGUUGUGCAUACAGGCAAUAAGCAACAUAUGCAAGUAGAAGAGUCUCACAAACCAGAACCUCAUAAUAGAUUGUGCACGGAGUCUGAAGUUUGUAGACUAGAAACUACCACAGCUGAAAACCACACUGAAGAACCUGCACCUGAGCAGCAGAAACAGGAGCCAGCUAAAGCACAGCAAGAGGUGGGAGAAAACUGUGAUCCUAGUAGAAACCUCAAACAAAGGAAUUCUGCAAUGGAACUGUGUGAAGAGAAGACAAAGAGCAGCUCACGUGACUCACAGGAGGGAGACUGAGGAAGCCUGAGCUCUGCUGUGGAGUAGAGGAUGUUGCCACUGAAGCAGCUGAGAACCUGUUCUUCUCCUGAAAGUAGCAUCUCUGAUCAUCCAUCCUGUUGCUCUGGAAACGACUCAGCAGAUCAAAGAACCCUUCAUCUGCCAUUGCCUCUCGAC